CAGCAGCAGAUGACCAACCUCUUGCUGAGUAGAUGGCAGCACCAUUAACAAUGUCUCUUCCUUCCUGGAAAUUCAGCAGAGAGUUCCUGUUCCCAGGCUGUUGGGUCUCUUCCACCUCUCUGGAUAGUAUUUGAUAUGUGCCCUGUAGAUCCUGCCCUGGGACUCGGCGAGCGGUGGGGUGCCCGAUGCCUGUAAUCCCCAUUCCGCGCCGGGUCCGUUCGUUCCACGGCCCCCACACCACCUGCCUGCACUCGGCCUGCGGCCCGGUGAGGACCACUCACUUGGUGCGUACCAAGUACAACAACUUCGACAUCUAUCUCAAAUCCCGAUGGAUGUAUGGAUUCAUCCGGUUCCUGCUGUACUUCAGCUGCAGCCUCUUUACCUCCAUCCUCUGGGUGGCACUCUCUAUCCUCUUUUGCCUUCAGUACCUCGGCAUCCGCAUCUUUCUGCGUUUCCAGUACAAACUCUCCAUCAUCCUCCUCUUGCUGGGGCGAAGGAGGGUAGACUUCAGCCUCAUGAAUGAACUGCUCAUCUAUGGAAUUCAUGUCACCAUGCUGCUAGUGGGGGGGCUGGGAUGGUGUUUCAUGGUGUUUGUGGAUAUGUAAAUAAAACAAGAGCAUGUGG